AUGGCAAAUGAAAAAGGCCUAAACGAGCUGCUAAAAUGGAGCAUCGAAAACUCCGCAGAGACCGACCCCUCGGCCCCAGAAUCCACCGCGCCCCGGUCAACGCUGAGCGCGGAGGCACUCGCCGCAAUCAUGGGCGCGCCGUCCGACGCGGAGCUGAUGCAGGCGUCCGUCGAGCACAUCACAUCCAGCGACCCGGAAAUCACGCUCGAGUCCAAGAUGACGGCCUUCGACAACCUAGAGCAACUAGUCGAGUCGCUCGACAAUGCCAACCUUUUAUCUAAGCUAGGAUUGUGGACGCCGCUGCUCGAGCUGCUGGCCCACGAGGAGGACCAGCUGCGGCUUAUGGCGGCGUGGUGCGUCGGCACUGCCGUCCAGAAUAAUGCGCCGAGCCAGGAACGCCUGGUGGCGCUGGGCGGGGUGGAGAGGCUUGUGACGAUGGCGCUGGGGGACCGGUUGCCGGUGGAGAAGCGCGCGGGUGCUGGGGAGGAGAAGGAGACGACGAAGGCGGAGGAGAGUGUUACUGCUACUAAUCAGGGAGAGACAAAGGAUGUGCGCCGCAAGGCAGUCUAUGCGCUCAGCUCCGCCGUAAGAAAUUACCAACCCGCUUUAGACGUUGCCGCCAAGGAGCUGCGGAAGAGGGGCGAGGAAGUCCAGGAGGGUAUUGACGCAGCGGAUAUGGAUGCGGUGGACGGACUGAUUAACGGAUUGAAGCAGAGGGCUUUGAAUGCAUAA